UACCCUUCAUUUGUUUAUACUCCUUUUUGCUCCCCACUUUUUCUUACUUUCUCACGAUUUUUCUAAUUUAUUCCUCAUAAUUCUCUACACUUUUUUCUUUUGUUUCUUUUCUGGGUUCUUAAUCUACCUACAAAUGGUACUGUUGAAUCCAGGCUAUAGAUUUUUCAAGUUCAGAAUCCCAUUUUUCAUUUACUUUUCCAUAUCUGGUUGACCCUGAAAAGAAUUUUCAGAUAAGUUGGUGCAACACACAAAACCUUUUAAUUUUUGACUUAAAUUCUCACAAAUUUGAUAAAGUAUCAAUCUUUAUCAAUUUGGGUUGCUAAAUUUGUGAACUUUCAUCUAUUUCAAGUUGUGAUAAACCAUGGCUUUUAUGAAUAAUAUAAGUAAACAAUACCAUUGUUCACUUUUAUUAAUAGAAAUGGCUAGAAUUUUGCUAAGGGUUAAUUAUUUGUCACUUUUUUGGUUAUGGUUGAUAGUUUACUUCUUCGAAAAUUAUGAAGGAAAACCCCGGAUUUUCUAGUGUUUGCUCUAAAGUUGUGUUCUUUUACCCAAGUUAAGUGAGAUUUAUAUAUAAAAUAGUUAAGAAAUUAGUUGAUUUGUUUGUUACAAAGUGAUGUAUAACAACAUGAGAGUUCGGACUCAAGUUUGUAGGCCAAAUUCUCAGAGGAAUUACGUUGAAGUUGAUCCAUCUGGGCGUUAUGGACGUUUUAGAGAAAUUCUUGGGAAAGGAGCCAUGAAGAUUGUGUAUAGAGCGUUUGAUGAGGUGCUUGGAAUGGAGGUGGCAUGGAGUCAAGUGAUGUUAAAUGAUGUUCUACGUUCUCCGGAUGAACUGCAACGACUAUACUCUGAAGUUCAUCUACUGAAGGAUCUUAAUCAUGAGUCUAUCAUACAUUUCUACAAUGCAUGGAUAGACAUUGAUCAGAGGACUUUCAACUUCAUCACUGAAAUGUUUACCUCAGGCACUCUAAGAGAAUAUAGGCAGAAGUAUCAGCAGGUAGAUAUACGAGCUAUCAAGAAUUGGGCCCGUCAAAUCCUUCGUGGUCUUGUUUAUCUGCACAGCCAUGAUCCCCCAGUGAUUCACCGGGACCUCAAGUGCGAUAACAUUUUUGUUAAUGGCCAUCUUGGACAGGUGAAGAUUGGUGAUUUGGGGUUAGCAACUAUUCUUCGUGGCUCACAACAUGCCCACAGUGUUAUAGGUACUCCAGAGUUCAUGGCACCAGAACUGUAUGAAGAAAAAUAUAAUGAGCUUGUAGAUGUAUAUUCAUUUGGAAUGUGUGUCUUAGAGAUGCUUACAUCUGAAUAUCCCUACAGUGAAUGCUCAAACCCUGCCCAAAUCUACAAGAAAGUGACAUCGGGAAAGAAGCCCGAAGCUUUUUAUCUCAUUGAAGAUGUUGAAGCCCAGCAGUUUGUUGGCAAAUGCUUGGCAACUGUUUCAAAGAGGCUACCAGCACAUGAGCUGCUCUUGGAUCCAUUUCUAUUGAGCGAUGAAAAACUGAAUCCAGCUUCAGAUCGACCUUUCCAAAUAUACUCCCCAAAAGGAGUUUUAGUUGAGAUGCCUUUCCUGGUUGAUAAUCCUAUUAGAAGCACUGAUAUGACAAUUACUGGAACCGUGAAUCCUGACGAUAAUAGUCUUUUUCUCAAGGUGCAAAUCUCUGACAAAGAUGGUUCUAUUCGGAAUAUCCACUUCCCGUAUGACAUAGUCAACGACACGGCAAUGGAUGUUGCAACUGAGAUGGUGAGGGACCUUGAUAUAACUGAUUGGGAGCCUCACGAGAUUGCUGAUAUGAUCGAAGAGGAAAUCUCUGCUUUAGUUCCAGGAUGGAAAGAUUCAGAUUCACCCAAAAGGCAGGAACAAUAUAGUUUUGAUUACAAUGAAGAUGAUGAUGAUGAAAAUGGCCCACCCGACUUGUCUUCCUGUUCACCUUCCCACGAAUCUCCUCGUGGUUCUAUAAAUUUGUGUGAAGUAUCAAACUCUCAUGAAAAGCCCUUAAAUGCAACUGAUGAUUGGCUGCAAGGAUAUUUAAUAGAUACUGGAGUUACUUAUUCUGAAACUUCAUGCAGCGCAAGCAAUUGCUCUGAGUUUGAUUGCUCUUCUCUGAAUAAUAAUACUGAGUUGGGGGAUGCCAUAUCAAGUAUUAAAACUGAAGCAUGUUCUAGGUUUUGUCCUCGAGAAAACACUGUUGACAAGUGUGACGAGGAAUGCAAUGGUUUCCUUGGUACCCGAUACAAGGGUAUGAACUCAAGUGGACAUAAGAAGCUUAGCAAGUUGCGUUCAUUCAUGGAUAUCCGUAGCCAGUUGCUGAAUCGAUCAGUGAUGCAAGCUAUGAAUAAGCUACGUGCCGCCAAGACUGUAGGUGCGGUGGAGAACAUUGGGUUCCGUGAUCCCAGGUGACCUUUUAUUUUAGCUGGGUUUGCUGGAUGGAGUUUGGAUGGUUAGUUUCCAGGGCUGCUUGUCAUGGAUGGAGCAAAACCUGUGUGGCGCCUAAAUUAUUAUGGCUAGAAUUCAAUAAUAGCCAAUCCCAUAUGUACAAGGCUAAGAAAACGAGGUAAAAGUAUACAAUAAUGACGCCAACCUGCACCAAGACAUGUAUUAGUAAAAUAUGUGAGUUGUCUCAUAUUUGGUGUUGUGGUAACGUCGGACGAGCGCUUCUAUUAUAUCUUUUGUUAAUAUGCAUGACAUCUAUUAUAUCUAUGAGUGUGUUAAACUGUGUAAACUUGGGUAUGACUUAUUGCACUAUUUAUACACUUCCAGAUC